AAUUAUUGGAAUGACACAAAAUUUGGCAUACAUCAUGAAAUUAUUAAAAAUUUUAGGAGAGAUGAUUUUUGUUUCAGAUAAAUUAGAAUUAGGUCAGUUUAUAGCCAAAAAAUUAAGUCGUAAAUCUUAAAAAUUUACUCAAAACGUUGUAAAUUUUUCAUCGAAAAUGAAAACGCAUAAAUAAUCUUUUUUCUUUUGGCUAUGGAAUCAAAUUAUAAAUUUCAAAAUAUGAGUUCCGAUUCAGAUUCUAAAUCAAGUUCAUUAAAUUCAAAAAUCGAACAAGAAUCACGAUCAAAUUCUCCUAUUAAAAGCCAUCAAUCUAAUAGUUCAACAACUAAUGAAAAUGCUUUUAUUGGAGAAAUUAAAUUAAAAAAUAAGGUUUCAGAUAUAACCGUUUCUAAUCGCUCAGAUGAUCCUCCACUACUACCAGGUGAAAAAGUUCAGGGUGUAGCUAGAGAUGUCACAUAUCUAUGUCCAUUUAGUGGUCCAGCUAGAGGUUGGCUUUCUGUAACCAAUUAUAAACUUUACUUUAAAAGUUUAGAUCGUGAUACUCAGUUAAUAAUUGAAGUACCAUUAGGAGUAGUUAGUAGAGUUGAAAAAGUUGGCGGUCAAUCAAGUCGUGGAGAAAAUUCAUAUGGAAUAGAAUUAUUUUGUAAAGACAUGAGAAAUUUACGUUUUGGACACAAACAAGAAAAUCAUUCAAGACGUAAUGUGUUUGAAAAACUUCAACAAUUUGCAUUUCCUCUUUCUCAUAAUAUUCCAUUGUUCGCAUUUGAAUAUACUGAAACAUUUUCAGAAAAUGGUUGGAAUGUUUAUGAACCUAUUGCUGAACUUAAAAGAAUGGGUGUCCCAAAUGAUACUUGGCAUAUUACUAAACUAAAUGAUGGCUAUGAUCUUUGUGAAACAUAUCCUGCUAUCUUAGCAGUACCAGCUGGAGCAACUGAUGAAAUAAUAAGAAAUGCUGCAGCCUUCAGAAGUAGAGGUCGAAUACCUGUAUUAAGCUGGUUACAUUCUGAAUCUCAAGCUACUAUAACAAGAGCUUCACAGCCUCUUGUCGGUGUUGGAGGUAAACGUUGUCGUGACGAUGAGAGAUAUACACAGCUCAUAGUUGAUGCAAAUGCACAAUCUCAUAAGCUUUAUAUAAUGGAUGCUAGACCUAGUGCUAAUGCUAUAGCUAAUAAAGCUAAAGGAGGUGGUUAUGAACCUGAAGAUGCAUAUCAAAAUGCAGAACUAAUAUUUUUAGAUAUUCACAAUAUUCAUGUAAUGAGAGAAUCUUUGAGAAAAUUAAAAGAAAUUUGUUUCCCAAAUAUUGAUGAAACCAAGUGGCUAUCUGGGAUUGAAUCAACAUAUUGGUUAAAACAUAUCAAAUGUAUUUUAGCUGGCGCUUGUCGUAUUGUAGACAAAGUAGAAAAUCAUAAAACUUCAGUUUUGGUACAUUGUUCUGAUGGUUGGGAUAGAACAGCUCAGCUUACUGCUUUAGCAAUGUUAUUAUUAGAUCCUUAUUAUCGAACUAUUAAAGGAUUUGAAGUUCUUAUUGAAAAAGAAUGGUUAAGCUUUGGGCAUAAAUUUCAACAUAGAAUUGGCCAUGGCGAUGAUCACCAUUCCGAUGCUGAUAGGUCUCCUGUUUUCCUUCAGUUUAUUGAUUGUGUAUGGCAAGUCACAUGCAUGUUUCCAAAUGCAUUUGAGUUCAAUGAGUUAUUUUUAAUUACUAUCAUUGAUCAUUUAUACUCUUGUAGAUUUGGAACUUUUCUUUAUAAUAGUGAAAAAGAAAGGAUACAAAAAGAUUUGAAACUUAAAACAGUAUCACUUUGGUCUUACAUAAACAGUGAUGAAGACUUAUAUAAAAACCCUUUAUAUUGGCCACAACAACAUGCAUUAGAACCUGUAGCUUCAUUACGUUAUAUCAAAAUGUGGAAAGGUCUAUAUUGCCGUUGGAAUCCAAGCAUGAGACCUCAGGAACCAAUUUAUCAAAGAACGAGAGAGCUCCUUCAUAUGAAAACUCAUUUAAUGAAAAUAUCGGAUGAGUAUAAAAGAGAACUAAAACAUAAAGCCACUAGAAAUAGUUCAACUACAACACGAUUAACUUCUCCUAUACAUAUUUAGUUCACUUCAAAAUAUAUUCAGUUAUUUAAAAUUACGAAUAAACACAAUAUGAAUAAAUAAUUGUGCUUUAAUAAAAAUAUUUAGAACUAUUGAUUUUGUAAAUAAUUAUUUAGUGUAAGUUAUUAUUUAAAUUUGAAAAAAAAUAUGUAAACAUUUUUUUACAACUAAUUGUUAUUAGUUUUUAUUAAUAAUUAUAUAUAUUUUUUGUUAAACUGUAAAAACAUUAUGGUCAAAAUAAUUCUGUGGUAAAACU